CAGCACAUCUGGGAGCCUGGGAAAAUCACGAAUCGCUUCAGGGUAACGUCCCUAUGCCUGUACGCACCCCGGUUGUGGCAGCACUUUUCCAUCCCCUAGCGCUCUUACACGACAUGCGCUCACGCACACAGGGGAACGUCCGUACGCCUGCACGCACCCUGGCUGCACAAGUACCUUUACUCAGUUCAACCACCUCCAAAUUCACAUACGGACCCACACAGGGGAACGUACGUAUGCCUGCACACACGCUGGUUGUAACAGCGCCUUUAUAA